AGAUAACGAGUUGAUCCCAAAGAGAUUUCAGUGUUGUCUCACCCAACAGAAUCCACUAAUGUCUUCCUCUCUGGUUCUCCUUCGAGCUUUACCCGCCAUUGUCGUCCGUUCCAAGCAACUCCCAUCUUUAGCUUUACCUUUCUACCGUCACUUUCUCUCUCUUCCCACCAGAAGAAGACUAUCUACACUUUGUGUUGCUACUUCUUCAUCAGAAACCCUAAUUUCUGAUACAAAACCUGUCCUAAGCCCUAGCAAAGAUUCACUAGAAUGGGUUAAUAGAACCAAUCUAUGUGGGAAUUUGUCAGUUGAUGAUAUAGGCAAACGAGUCCGUCUUUGUGGAUGGGUUGCACUUCAUAGGAUUCACGGUGGUGUGACAUUUAUUAAUCUUAGAGAUCAUACUGGAAUUGUUCAAGUUACAACUCUUCCCAAUGAGUUUCCUGAAACUCAUUCUGUUGUUAAUAAGCUUGCACUUGAAUAUGUUGUUGCUGUGGAAGGUAUUGUUAGAUCCAGACCAGGUGAAUCUGUUAAUAACAAGAUGAAGACGGGCAUUUUAGAGGUAACGGCAGAGAAUGUUAGAAUAUUGAAUUCUGUGAAAUGCAAAUUACCUUUCUUGGUUACAAUGGGGGAUGAUGCGAAAAAAGAAAAAGCAAAGGAUAGCUCAGAGGAGAUUCGUUUAAGAUAUCGAUGCUUGGAUUUGCGCCGGCAACAAAUGACCUCCAACCUACUGUUGCGACAUAAAGUGCUCAAGGUCAUCCGAUGUUACCUGGAGGAUGAACAUUCAUUUGUGGAGAUCGAGACUCCAAUACUCUCCAGAUCCACUCCUGAAGGUGCCCGGGACUAUCUUGUGCCUUCACGAGUUCAGCCAGGAACAUUCUACGCUUUACCUCAAAGCCCACAGUUGUUCAAGCAAAUGCUGAUGGUCUCCGGAUUUGACAAAUAUUAUCAAAUAGCCAGAUGUUUCCGAGAUGAAGACUUAAGGGCCGAUAGGCAACCAGAGUUCACACAACUAGAUAUGGAAUUGGCUUUCAUGCCGUUGGAAGAUAUGCUGAAACUUAAUGAAGAUUUGAUAAGACAUGUUUUCAAAGUAGUGAAAGAUAUCCAACUGCCAAACCCUUUCCCAAGGCUUACAUAUUCAGAAGCAAUGAAUCGAUACGGAUCAGACAGGCCAGACACUCGUUUUGAUCUUGAGUUGAAAGAUGUAUCCAGUGUUUUCUCGCAAACCAGUUUCAAGGUCUUUUCAGAUUGCUUAGCAAGUGGUGGAAUUAUUAAAGCAUUAUGUGUGCCAUCAGGUUCAAAGAAGUACUCAAACACUGCUCUUAAGAAGGGUGACUUGUACCGUCAAGCAAUGAAAUCUGGAGCUCUGGGUUUACCUUUCCUCAAGGUCUUGGACAAUGGGGAGAUUGAAGGAAUUGCUGCUUUGGCGUCAAGUCUGGAUCCCAGUAGUAAAGAGCAGUUGCUGAAACAAGUUUCUGCAAGUUCAGGUGAUCUCAUCUUGUUUGCGUUGGGUGACCACACAUCGGUUAAUAAAACUCUGGAUCGCCUUAGAGUUUUCAUAGCGCAUGAGCUCAAAUUAGUUGACACGUCGGCGCAUUCAAUAUUAUGGGUGACUGAUUUUCCAAUGUUCGAGUGGAAUAGUUCGGAGGAGAGGUUUGAGGCAUUACAUCAUCCUUUCACCGCACCAAAUCCGGAUGACAUGGAAGAUCUUUCCUCGGCUCGUGCUCUGGCUUAUGAUAUGGUUUAUAACGGUGUUGAGAUUGGGGGAGGGAGUCUUAGGAUUUUCAAGCGCGAGGUCCAAGAAAAGGUUCUGGAAAUUGUUGGCAUAACACCCGAACAGGCAGAAGAACAGUUUGGAUAUCUUCUCGAGGCUUUGGAUAUGGGGGCUCCUCCACAUGGGGGAAUUGCUUUUGGGCUGGACAGAUUGGUGAUGCUAUUGGCAGGUGCUAGUUCCAUCAGAGAUGUGAUAGCUUUCCCGAAAACCACUACUGCACAAUGUGCGUUGACUAGAACUCCCUCAGAGGUAGAUCCACAACAAUUGACGGAUCUCUCAUAUUCUUCUAGUAAAUAGAUUUUUCUUAAGAUUUAUGUUUUGGGCAGAGUUACUUGUAGGUAUUCAGCAUUUCACUCAUGUUUAUGAUUAUGUAAUAUUUGAGUUAGAAACUGUUUUGACGCAAAUGUUGGCGCUUGAUCAGAAGCAUUGAUUUUGUGUGAGUUAAUCCAAUAAAGCAGUGAAGUAUUUUUCUCUUGCAAGUUAAUC